GUGUUUGGUUGCGUCUGGAACGGGCCGGUCGCAACGAAGAAUUGUGUGGCACACAACAUUGAGACUAAUUCAAUCAUAAUUAAGCGUAAAUAGAGUUGAAAGUUCAGCAAAAACACUUGGUUUGGUGAAGUUCAAAUUGUAAAGCAAGCGUGAAAAUGUUACGACUGAGAGCGAACGCGGUGGCAAAGUUUAAAAGUCACAUUGCGGGUGGCGAGCUAAGAGCUACAAUCACUGCAGCGACCUCUGCACGCAAAUAUUCCACUGAAAGCCCGCUGCCCGAAAGUGCCGAUGUAGUUAUCAUAGGUGGCGGUUCGGCCGGUUGCAACACACUGUACCAGCUGGCAAAGCGUGGCGUCCGGGCGGUGCUGCUCGAAAAGUCCAAACUAACGGCCGGUACGACCUGGCAUACGGCCGGCUUGGUAUGGCGCCUACGACCGAACGAUGUCGAAAUUCGACUGCUAGCGGCAACGCGCGAUCUGCUCAUGAGCCUCGAGGAGGAAACGGGCCACAAUUCGGGCUGGAUUAACAACGGCGGGCUGUUCAUUUCGCACUCCCCCGAGCGGUUAGAUGAGUACAGCCGGUUGGCUACGCUCGGCAAAUGCUUUGGUAUCGAGUCACACAUCGUCGGGCCGGAACAGGCACAGAAGCUGUUCCCACCGCUAGAUCCGACCUCCUUCACCGGUGCCCUCUACUCGCCCGGUGACGGUGUCGUCGAUCCGGCCAUGAUGUGUACCGCCCUGACGAAGGGUGCCACCGCCAAUGGGGGGCUCGUGGUCGAGGACUGUACCGUGUCGCAGAUCAUUACCGGCGAGAACCUGCUCGGCAUGAAGGACGUGCGCGGUGUGCUCACGAACAAGGGUACGAUCCGCACGAACACGGUCGUGAACGCGACGGGCGUGUGGGGCCGGGAUCUGAUCGAACCGCUCGGCGUCUUUCUGCCCCUGAUACCGAUGAAGCACGCGUACGUCGUGUCGGAAACGAUGGACACCAUCCAUCAGAUGCUGCCAAAUGUGCGCGAUCACGACUUUUCGCUGUACUUCCGCAUCCAGGGCAAAUCGAUCUGCAUGGGCGGGUACGAGAACAAUCCGAUCAUGCUGAACCGGGUGCCGGGUGACUUCCACUUUGGGCUGUACGAUCUCGACUACUCGGUGUUCGAUACGCACAUCCAGGGUGCGGUGAAGCUGUGCCCGGCGUUUGGCAGUGCGGGGAUCAAGAGCACGAUCUGCGGACCGGAAUCGUUCACGCCCGACCACAAACCGCUGAUGGGACCGGACCCGACGGUCAGCGGACUGUUUCACAGCGUUGGGUACAACUCGGCCGGCAUGAUGCUGGGUGGCGGUUGUGCGGAACAGCUGGCACAGUGGAUCAUACACGAUCGGCCCGACCGGCACAUGUUUGCGUACGAUGUGCGACGUUUCACACCCAAACAGAAGAAGGCACUGAACUGGGCGACGGAGCGAAGCCACGAGGCGUACACGAAGAACUACAGCAUCGUUUUCCCGCACGAUGAGCCACUGGCUGGGCGAAACUUUACCGUCGAUCCAUUCCACAAGCAAAUGAUACAAUAUGGCGCAGUUAUGGAGGAAAGACAUGGCUGGGAACGGCCGGGAUACUUCCUACCGGAUGAAACGGUGGUGGUGCAACCGUACGAUUGGUAUGGCUACUACGAUCAUCCCAAGAAUGCCAACACACACUACGAGGAAGCACUGAAGGGAGACUACACGUUUGGAUUUUCGGAGCAUCACGACUUGAUUGGCGAGGAAGCACUCACCUGCCGGCAUGAUGCUGCACUGUUCAAUUUGAGCUACUUCUGCAAACUCUUCCUUACCGGCAGCCAGGCAAAGGAGGCCGCCGAAUGGAUUUUCACCGCCAACUUGGAUAAACCGAUCAACAAGACCAUCUAUACUUGCGCUCUAAACAAACGGGGUGGCGUGGAAGGAGAUGUCACGGUUAGCAUCGUAGAGUCGGGACUGGGUGGACUGCAUGAUCCGAUCUUCAAGGGUCGUGGAUACUACAUCGUCGCCGGUGGUGCCUCCGCUUACCACACCAAAUGUCACAUCCUGGCCGCCAUUCAGGAGAAAGCGUUCCGGGCAGUGGUGAGCGAUCACACGGAGGAGCUGGGCGUACUAUCACUCCAGGGACCGAAAAGCCGUGAAAUACUGCAGAAGAUCACCGACUUUGAUCUAUCGAACGAGAAGCUGUUGCCGAUGAACUCUACCGCCAUACUGACGAUUAAGAUCAAUCCGCACUACAGCUGCCAUGUGCGUGUGUUGCGCGUCAGCUUCGUCGGCGAGCUGGGCUACGAGCUGCACAUUCCCGAGGAAAGCUGUAACGAUGUGUACAAUGCGCUGAUGAAGGCAGGAUACAAGGAGAGUCUGCGAAACGCGGGCUACCGGGCACUGUACUCGCUCAGCAGCGAGAAGGGUUACCAUCUGUGGGGAUCGGAUCUCCGGUCGGACGACACACCGAUCGAGGCCAACCUGGGCUUUGUGUGCCGAAAGGAGGGCGAGUAUCAGGGCAAGGAGAUUGUAGAUCGGCAGCGCGAAAAUGGCGUCAGUCGGCGGUUGGCAUUCUUUACGCUACGGGAACAGGUGCCGAUCUGGGGUUUGGAAGCGGUCUAUCGGGACGGAGAGAUUGUGGGACAUCUGCGGCGCGGAGAGUACGGUUACACGCUCCAGAAACCGAUCGGCCAGGCGUACGUGCAGCGCGCAGACAGUAGCCCAAUCACGAACCAGUUCCUGCAGUCGGGCCACUACCAGAUCGAGGUGAUGGGCAAGCUGUACGAUGCCGAUUGCCAUUUGAGAAGUCCGUUUGAUCCGAAAGGUGAACGGAUGCUGGGAAUAUACAAAUAAAUCUUUUCCAUCGCUA